ACAAAUAAGCACAUCAAAAUGGCAUUCCGAUUCAUUUUUGUCUUCAUUGCCACAAUCGUCCUUGCCCAAGGAUCGAUUAUUUCCCCAGUCGAGCAGGAGUCUCUUGUGGGAGUUCAUCACUCUGGAGUGGUUUCAUCCGGAGCUCCUGUUGUUGGUGUUCCUCGUGGCCAUUCCGCUGCUCCUCAGCCCCAACGCCCCGUCUCUAGUCAUGGAUCCCUCUCUGGUCCAGUUGGAGGAUCCCGUCGAGUGAGCGGAGCAGGAGUGUCCGGAUCUCGUCCUCAUGGUGGUGCUCCUCGUCGCCAGGCCGGUGGAUCUUACAAUCGUCCUGCUGCUGGCGCCCAUGUAGGCCGUCCCAUCGGAGGAGGAGCUGCCCACGGAAAUGCUCACCAGAAUCGCAAUCGCAACCAGAAACCCUAUUAG